UUCGAUCGUAUUUAGUAAUCACGCAGAAGUCAGAUCAUUCAUAUGCCGAUCUUGGUGCUGUUGGUAAAAUAUUUUGCUUUGAGAAAUUGAAUUCAGUGUAACCUAAAUCGACAAACAUUAAGUACAGCCUUUAAAAAUCAUCACGUUGAAUGUUACGAUUUUUUUUUCCAAUUUUAUGACAAUUUAUAAGAUUCAGGUUAAGGUUGUGUGUUUUACAAUAUUCAAAUAAACAUCACCGGAGAUUAAAGAACAAUGCCAAAAAGCUAGCCAGUGAUUUUAUGCAUUUUUUAUUGGUACGACUCCACGUAUAAUCCAACAAAAAAUGAGUUGACGAGUGAUAUAAAAAAUCAACAUUCUUCUUUUAAAAAAUCCCAAAUAAAUGAAAGUAUUUCGUUGCCGAAAUGUGGUGCUUAAAAACGAUAUUGUUCAUUUGCAUCUUAUGUGCAGAAUAUUUGUGGGGUGAAAUCGAUUCGAAUACAUUAAAAGUACUUAUUGAGAGAGUUCAAAAUUUAGAUGUGAACGAUAUCGAAUCUGACAAUAUUGAACGUAACCAUAACGCUCUGAAACGUCAAGCGAUUGUAAAUUUACCAAAAUAUGGAAUGAUACAAGGAUCGAUUGGAUUUUCUGCAUGGACCGAACGUACAAUAUUCCAAUUUUUGAAUGUACGAUAUGCCGAAUCACCAAGUGGAGCAAAGCGAUUCAAGGCACCGGUUCCGAUUAAACCGUGGCAAGGUAUUCACAAUGCAGAAAGCUAUGGAACAAAAUGUCCAACAUUAGAGGACUUGGACAAAAUGACAUACAGUCAACGUGAAAAAAUAGAUCUAGAGGAUUGUCUGAACAUGGCUGUUUAUACAACAAAUUUGAAUGCUUCGUUGCCGGUGAUGGUAUACAUUCAUGGGGGAAGUUUUUACCUUCACAACGCAGACGAGUAUCCACCUCAGUACUUGAUGGAAAAAGAUAUUGUUUUAAUUGUAGUUCAAUACCGUUUGGACGCUUUGGGUUUUUUAUCAACAAAUUCCAAAGAAAUUCCCGGCAAUGCAGGCUUGAUGGACUCAAUACAGGCAUUGAAAUUUAUAAAGGAAAAUGUUCAAUAUUUCGGCGGAAAUCCAGAUAAAAUUACAAUAUUUGGUCAAUCAAGCGGCGCCGCAAUGGUUUCGGCGCUGGUUAUUUGUCCAUCGGUCCCAGAAAAUCUGUUUGACAAAGCAAUCAUUCAAUCUGGCUCAAUUUUUGGGAAUUGGGCAUAUACGCUUGAUCCUCUCACAGAUGCAAAAAAUAUUGCUCAAGUAGCCGGAUUAAAUCCAAAUCAAUCAAUAACAUCGCUUAAUCGAGCCUUUAUGACCAUGAAUGUGUACGACUUAUUGAAAGCUGUUGAUAAAUAUCAGACAAUUGAUCUUAUAAAUGGCGGAAUUUUAUCUGGUGGAAGAUCUUUAUCAAUAGGUGGACCAAACAAAUUACUGCCAGACACACCACAGAACCUCGCUUUAACUUAUAAUAAAUCAAUUCCAAUUAUCGUUGGAGCGACAAAAGAUGACGGAGCCUAUGGUGCAACAGUGGUUUACGAUAUUUUGGCUGCUACAAAUAAAUUAGAUGACAAUGACUUCAUGACAAAUGAUUUGGUGAAGGCACUUUGCAAAAUGGCCCGACUCAAUGAUGAUUCUGGUACAGUUGAAGCGUUAAUCUCCCUUACUUACUGGUCAAAAGAACAAAUAUCAUCGGGUGAUUUUGGUGUCUGUGCUGCUGGAAUUAUUGAUAUGUUGGGAAUGACAAUGUUAAAAGCGCCCAUUUUAAAACUUGCACAAAUUAAUGCGCGAAUCAGUCCUCAUCAAACAUAUGUGUAUUCAUUUGAUUAUGCAGGCGAGCACACAAGAUUCGGAUAUGAAGCAGAUGUGUCGCACUAUCCUUUUACUGGCGGCGUUUCACACUCAGAUGACCUCAUUUAUUUGUUUCCCUAUCCUCCUAAUGUAGCCAAAUUAAAUGAAAAAGAUACUAAAUUCGCACAGCAAUUGAUCGAACUAUGGACAUCAUUCGCUACAAAUGGUGUUCCUGAGCUUACUGAUGACAUGGACGAUGGUAUCAAAGAGUUGAUGUGGCAACCUUUCAUAGGUCCAUUUGGAGCAUAUUUGCAUAUUAAUAACGAUUUUAAACUUGCAACUGAUUAUCGUGACGAAUUCACUGUCGAAACAAGGAACCAUAAGAAUAAUAACCAAACAAAACUGUUUAUUUAAUUUUAUUUAAAUUUGAAAUCAUACAGGAAGUUGCUAUGUUCCGUUGCAAUCACAUUGUGCAUUAAUUUGAUUCUUUAAUAAAUUAUAUUUAAAUUACC